GGAAACCUCUUGGUGUCGGUUAUUACCAUGAAGGUGAAAGCAGACUUUUUAGGGGGCACCGCAGAACAAGCAAGUCCUUCAGUUUUACUUGGCGAUUUUCGGUCCUAGAGUUCUGAAACGCGCCUCAAAUCAAUGUUUGCUGCUAUUUCCUCCAACUGGGUGUCGUAAUAGGACACGGUUCUGUCAAGAUGUAUACUUGGUUUAAAACUAAUGGGUACUUGCCUUUGCCUGUGUGAUGAAGACUGAAGUCAUAUACGAUUAAAUUUGCGUCAAAACCAUUAUGUUUUAGAGAAAGAGGGCGUGGGAUCUAAUGGAAGUAAUGAUGGAAAACAAAUCAAACGCAGCAGACUCGGAAAACUCAAAAGCUAUGGACUCAAACCCAAGCGAUAACACCGUGUCUUCGCGCAUACAAAUUGGACCUCAACUUGCAGAUGAGUCAUUGGAGAAGGGUAAAAUUACGAGUUCAACCAAUGAUUUAGUGAAGCCAUUUACAGAGGCAUGCCAUUCUGAAGCUGCAAAUGUUCCUUUUGAUCGGUUCACAGGACCAAAAGUUUAUCACUCCCCAAAACUAUGGCACCUUCGAGUUUCGGUUAUUGAAGCAGAGCAUAUCAUGCCAGGGCACAGAGGAGCAGAGUUGGUGAGGUUCCCCGAGUUCGUUAUCAAAGUCCAAGUUGGAGACUUUCAUCUGAGUACUGCAAUUGCUGCUCCUAGCUCCACUCGAAGCUUCUCCAAUCCUUUCUGGAAUGAAGACUUGUUGUUUGCGGUUGAUGAGCCGUUUGUAAAUUCAUUGCAGGUUACGGUUCAGGACCGGAUACAAUCGGACAAUGAGAUUGUUGUGGCUACGGGGAAAGUUUUAAUGGAUACUAUAGAGAAGCGAGUUGAUGAAAGACCUGUUACUUCGAGUUGGUUCAAUCUUGAAAGCCACCACGGAAAAUCAGGUGAUAAGAACAAGGCAAGUACAAGGUUUGUUCCUCGGAUUCACCUACGAGUCUUUUUAGAUGGAGGUUACCAUGUGUUUGAUGAGGUCAAAAUGAAUAAGAGCGACCACCUUAUUGGGGUGCUUUAUAUGAAAAUCCUUGGUGCCAGGGGGCUUGAGCCAGUGCAAAUAAAGGAUACUAUUGGUGAAGAGCAGCCUGUGACUAAUGCAUAUUGUGUUGCAAAGUAUGGGCAAAAAUGGUGUCGAACUCGCAAUGUGGUUGAUAGCUUGUCGCCAGAGUGGAAUGAGGAAUACAGUUGGGAAGUUUAUGAUCUCUGUACUGUUGUUACUAUUGGGGUUUUCUAUGACCGUAGGAUCAUUGAAAAUGUUGAUGAUGAUGAUGAAGAAGCUUCUUCAGAUGAUUGUAUUGGGAAAGUGAAAAUCAGAUUGUCCAUACUUGAUACUGAUAGAACUUACACUCACUCUUACCCUCUGCUGAUCAUGCUUCCAUCUGGAGUGAAGAGAACGGGUGAAAUUCAUUUGAGCACGAGGCUUUCGUGUUCGAAUGUGUCUAACAUGCUGCUUAGAUACACAAUGCCAUUGGUUCCCAUGAUGCAUUAUGGGGAACCCAUAACCGAGGGUCAACGUACUAACUUGACUAACCAGGCCAAGAGCAUGUUGGUAUCCAGGCUGAGUAGAGAAGAGCCACCACUGGGAAGGAAGGUGGUAGAGUACAUGCUUGAAGAUGAUAUGUGGAACUUAAGGAUAAGCAAAGCCAAUUUUUACAGGAUGAUGGGCGUAGGCUCGGGGCUUUUUGCCAUGUUUAGGCUUCUGAAUGAAAUUCGUAACUGGCAAAAGCCAGCGCAUUUGAUACUAUUCAUUGUCAUUGUAGUCACGCUAAUGAUGCAUCCAAAGUUAAUCAUUCUGGCCUAUAUAUUAUACAUCGGGUUAGCGGGGUUGGCGAACUAUCGUUGUCGACCACGCCACCCACCUGGUAUUGAUGCCAGACUUUCACAAGCUGACGGCAGUCACCCCGAUGAGCUUGACGAAGAGUUUGAUACGAUCCCUACAACUCGUCCCGAUGAUAUUGUUAGGAUGAGGUAUGAUAGGCUGAGAUCUAUUGCAGGAAGGUUUCAAACUGUGGUUGGAGAUCUGACAUCACUGCUAGAACGACUCCAAGCAUUGGUGAAUUGGAGAGAUCCAAGAGCCACCACCUUAUUUUUGGUGUUUUGCUUGGUUAGUGCUUUUGCUUCCUAUGUUGUGCCCAUCCGGGUUCUGAUUGCGCUCUUCGGAAUGUACUGGUUGAGACCACCAUGGUUCAGAAGCAAAUCGCCCCCUCUAGCUCUUAACUUCUUCCGUAGAUUGCCAUCUAAGGAUGAUUGUUUCUUUUGAACGCAUGGAUAAGACUGGAAUUGGGAAGUAAGCUGGCUCCUUUUUUUUCAUCCUUUUCUAUAAGAAAAUAUGAUUUAUAAUAUUUUGCUAUUGUUAUACUGUCUUGUUACUGUUUUUAGUUAAAAAAAAAAAUUUUAACAGUAAUGCUAAGGUCUAAGAAAAUAAUAAUCUAAGCGUUAAAUCUAUUUCACUAUUUUUAUUAAUUAUUUGGAUCACUUUUAUUAUGAAGUAUGAACGUUGUUUCCAUACCUGCAAACUAGAAUAGAAGUUGUAAUGACUAGAGAUUUCUAACUUUACUCUCUUCUUUCUGUUAGGGUUGAAGCCUUUUUACCCUUGUGGCCUCCAAGAGGGAGGCUGCCGCCGCCACCGCUAUCUUGGUAAGGUGGUGGCCUCCCUCCCCCCCUUUCCCCUCUCUUCUCCUUUUUCUUUACUCUAUUCUCUCUCUUUUUUCUUCUUUUGGUUUCUUUCAGUUUUCUUUGUUUAAUUUCUGUUUUCUAAUAUCCCUAUGUGGUGUAUUUUCUCUCCUUUUGUGGUGGUUUAUUGUCCUCCCUUUAUGGGUAGUAUGGGUACGUUGGUACAGAUCUAUCAGAUCUUGGAGUAUACACUGAAGUUCACUUGUUGUUCAUGGAAAUAUCUUCAGACUAGAGGAGGAUUCGACUUUAAGCAGAGAAGAAGAACAGAAUUUUUAACAUGUUGCAUCACUUUUAGUGUUGAUUUAGAAAUCAUAGAGAUUCAGAUCUGUCUAUGUUUCUACUGGUUAAGAUUCUUUGUAAUCGAACGUUGGGCUUACUUUCAGUUUAUAGUUCAGCAUAGAAUUUAUCUAAUCAUCUUCUCUAAUUUUAGAUCUAACUUAUCUCUAUCAUCUGUAAGUGCCGUUUGGCUUUCCUUUAAAUGAUAUGUUUCCU